AUGACAAGUGAACCGAUCCUUCACCUUCCAGAUUCAAAUAAGCCCGUUCGUUUCGACAACCGAUGCUUCAGAUGUUAGAACAUUCCCCAUCAGUUACGCUUGCAAUUAGUUUCUCCAAGACAACGCAAGUACAGCACCAUCGAAAGAGAAUGUUUGGCAAUUGUGUGGGUGAUACAGAAGUUUCGAGUCUGUUUUUACGGAAGAGAGUUUGUACUCCAGGCGGAUAAUCAACCAUUAAUUAAUCUAUCUGAAUCUAGUUAGGUUUUUUAUAGCAUGCAUAAUACAAAAGGCGUUUGACGGACUGCAAACGUACAAAGUUUGGAAAUGAAAAUUUUUCAUUAUUAUAUGUAUAUAUAUUGUUUUAUGAGGUGCACAGUGAUGCUUUAUUUGAUCGCUCGCGACCGAUUGCAAACUAACACUUCGUAACAGCUAGUUUUCCUGUAAAAGCAGCGUUUGGUUUGUAAUUUUUUGGACGAAGGAUCUUUCCUCGAAACGUCGAGAAUUAUUUUUGCCUUUUGGAUUGAUGGUUCCCUUAAUUUGAAGACUAACUCUUAUCUUUAAAUAUAUUGUUCCAAUAUAGGUGAGUGUUCAGCAACCCAGGGAUAUCACAACACCCAUCUUCACCUUGCUUUGACUCGUGGAUUAAAAUGUCAUCCUAAUGAUAAUCCCCCGACUGUAAAGGAAACACUUUUGUGUGGCAGGUAAAAUAUUUUGAUCAUGAGCAGUAUAGUCGAUAGCGACUACCAGCCAUGUUUUCAUUUUGAAGGAAAAAUUACAUAAUUUGGGGUAGCAUAAAUAAUAUCACAAUAUCAUUUUACGAAUUCAGACAAAAGACAGUAUAUUUCAACCUAUACAGAAGGACUUGAGUUAUUAUUAUAAGAUUCAUAGAAGGCAACAAAGUUUAAAUAGUCGCCCGAUUUUCCGUGUUUAUUGCAAGGGAAGGAAUUGUUUCUGAAAAUGAAUGCAAUUCACCCAUGCGAAAACAACAUAUAAGAGCAGACAUUCAAUAAAAGUAAGUUAAAUAUUAUUAUUAUAUAUCAAUAGUCAAACUUCUAGUGUUUUAUUGGUCGAGAGCAUAUCACGUGAGAGUGACGAAAUUAGAUUGUCUCCCUCGCAACAGCGCGAGAAGGAAACAAUACGUUAUCGACCGGCGAAUAACGAAAAAAAUCACGUGCGCCAUCAGGUGAAGUUGUGACCUUUGGACAUGCCUAGUAAUUUAAACUUUCGCUUUGAGUAACUGCAGUGCUUAAUUUAACGUUUUAACAAUAAAAUAUUUCAUGUAUUUACGUUCAUUUGUUCUUUAAUUUGUUGUUUCUUUGACUAUUGAUAUAUAAUAAAACACUUAUUUACUGAGACCGAAGGAAACAGUGUGUUUUGUGGACCCGAGACCGUCGAUGUUUCCCGAGGCUCGGGAAACAUCGACGGUCUCGGGUCUACAAAACACACUGUUUCUUUCCCUUGGUCUCAGCAAAUAAGUGAUAAAUAACGUCUUUCAAACAAUGAAAUCAAUCAAUCAAUAAUUUGUGCGCCAAAACUCAUUACCAAGGAAAAGAGAUUUUUAUGACAUAAAUGUUGUACGUUUCGCGUUUCAGAUACCUGCGUGAGAAAAAUUAUGACGGGUAUUAUUAUAACAAGUGUCAAAAUUUACGACGAGAUUUGCGCGAGGCAUAUGAUGAGGCAUUCAAGAAAUAUGAUGUUCUUAUUAUGCCAACAAUACCUAAAAAGGCUUCACAAUUUCCUUCCAAGAACCCUUCCUUAUCUGGUGAGUGGAAGAAAUUUUGCUUGUGAGCCACUUGCAUUGACGAUCUAUAGCUAAGCUAAUUCCUGACGGGAUCAUUUAGCUAGUAGAUAACUUAUAAUUUAGGAAUCAUUUAGCUAGUAGAAUAAUAUUUUAUCACGGAAUCAUUUAGUUAGUAAAUAAAUAUAAUUAAAAUACUCAUUAAUAAUUCAUAAACCUUAUGGCGAAUCAUGUCAGCCAUAACAUGUCACGUACUUUAUAUCUGAUAGAACUCAUCUUCAUUAGUAUUCUUUAUAGUUAUAAUUGCUCAUCUUAAUUAGUAUGAUUACAUAAUUGUUCAUCAUUACUAAUUAGUAUUCUUUUCUAGUCGUAUUUUAAAGGUGCCCUACAGUCCGACCUGCGCAUGUACACAAAGGAGCCCACUUUUUAUGAUACAAACAGUUUAACUAUGUUUGGGUUCUUGCAAAGCCUGAUUGUUGUUUCUUGAUCAUUUAUUAUACUCUAGAAGCUUGAAAAUAUAAAUAGUUGUCGAAUAAAGCUCAAUAUUUUGGACACAAAAAUGUAAACAAAGGCUUUGUUUACAUACGGACUGUAGGGCACCUUUAAACUAUUCCGCAAAACACUCGUUGUCGUGUUUUAUCAGGUAUAAAGAGAGCUUUAAGAAAGGGACAUUUUCCCUUUGCGAACGCCGAGCAGAAGUCAAUAGAACUAUUAUAGAUUGCUACAGUGUUUUUUAAAUGUGAAACUAGAAUCAUUGACAAAACCCUUCGGACAGUCCUAGCUCUAGUGUCCCUCUUAACUUCCGUGGUCCCUUAACAAUGUAAUUAUGUUAUCCUAACAUAUAAUAAUGCAAGCUGCAACGUUAACAAUGAAAACGUUGUUAUGCACAGCAACAUUGGUUAGGGGGAGGAAAACAUAUUUCGAGGAAACAUAUUUGGAGGAAACAUAUUUCGCUUUUUAUGAGAUUUUAAUUUACAAUCUUUAGAUUUUGGGGAAUAUAUUUUAAAGUGCCGAUGGGGGAAGGUUUUGUCAUUGAUUGUAUAUUAACUGCAGCCGUUCUUGAUUUUAAGCAUGAACUGCUGACGCCAUAAUUGACGGCUAUACGUGUUGUCAAGAACGUCGCUUGUUUUAGUUCUAUAGUGUAUCUUUAGGGACGUGUACGUAAUAUAAUAUUAUUCGUUUUAACCACUAAGUUUGUUUUUUUUUAACCUCAGAAUAUCUUGAAAAAGCCUACGAAUUGUCCAAAAACACCAGUCCAUUUGAUGUCUCAGGUCAUCCUGCUUUGUCAAUCAACGCUGGAUUUUCACAUGGGUUACCUGUGGGAAUGAUGAUUGUUGGUAAAAUGUUUGAUGAAAUGACAGUACUAAACGUGGCGUACACUUUUGAACAAAUGCGUGACAAUGUAUAA